AUGGCGGCCCCAUUCUCCGCCCAAUUGUCCUUGUACGGUGGCGCAACUUUGCUGCAAAAAUAUCGCCUAGCCGGCAACAAUCUCGCUCAUUGGCAAGCUUGUAUCAUGCCCAACUUCGUGCUUUUAUUGCUCUUCGAUUUUCUCAUUUUGACCCAAGCUUGUUUGCAAACUGUACCUUCUAGUACUACCUCCCUGCCUGUUUCUACUGUGACUUCAGUAAGAUAACUUUAGAUUUUAAUUGAAUUUUUUUCUGAUAUUGAGUUGUUUCAGUUUCUGAUUAUUUCUUUCAAGGUUCCCACAGAUUCUACAACAUCCCCAACUUCAACUACAAGUAGUUCUAGUACUUCCACGUCGUCAUCUUCGUGAGUAUUUUCUUGAAAUUUGUCAGAUAUCAAAGAGAUAGUAGAAAGAGAAACAUGUUGAAAUUUUUAAAAGUUUUCAUAAUCUACAACAUUUUGACGGUUUCUAUUACAAAAAAAAGUUGAAUUUCAUCCGCCUGGAAGCAUCAUAAUUUCAAGAUCAUCUACAACUUCAUCUCCCUCCACGUCUUCUUCCACGAGUACGACGACGACUCCUCCAAUGGAGCCUCAAUGCUCCACAAUGACACUGACCAAACCGCCUGACACGACCAUGGACGAGGUGCCGGCCACCUUCAUGUGAGCCCCUUGAAGUCUAUUCAGUCUAUUUCCUUGAAAGAUUACGGCGAGUGAAAAUUUACAGUUUAUGACACAUGUUUUGCUGUGGUUCUGAUUCAGGGUGGCUAAUCAGAAAUGGUUUUCUGAUAAUUAGCAGCUUUCCAUUCAUAAAAAGGAAAUGAAAAAAGAUUGAUUCAAAAUUAUGUGUUAUAGUCCGUUCUUAGGCAGCUUGUCAUGAUUUUCAUUUUACUCCGAGCUACAGAAUCCUUCCGAGAAGCUUCCCUUUGAUGCGCCUUUAUUAUAACAAAAAUUUUAGGCAAAAUAAAGCUACAUAGAAGGAAAGCUUCUAUAGCUCGGAGAAAAUAAAAAAUCAUGAAAAAAAAGAGUUGGGCCUUUGAAGAACUCGUUUUCGUUUCAAAAGCGCUUUAUUCAUCGCUGACACUGAUUAACGGGUAAAUCUUUGGUGAAAGUUAAAAAUAUAUAUAUAUAAAUAGCACAGUAAAAUUUCAGAAUCCCGUUUUUCAAAUUAUCACUAAAACGCAACCUAAACUUCGAUGGAGCGUUUUUUAAAAAAAAACUUCGAAGUUAAUCUAGGCAAAUAAUAUAUCACACAAUUCACAAGAGCAUGGCUUUUCUAAUAAUAGAUUAUUUUAAUCAAUAAUCUUUGAAACGCAAAAAACAUCAAAAUUAUCCAACCUAAUACUUCAAUUUAUACAAAAUUUACUUGUUUAGCAUUAGAAAAGGCACUCAAGCAUUAUUUUCAUAGCUUAUGUGGACCGUUCAGUUUUUUUAAGUGAUAGAAAAAAAUGAUCCAAAAAUUUUUCUUAAACUUUUUGUUUUUUUGCGAACUGUCUCAGGAAAAACCCUCGUCUUCAUCUUUUUUUGGUUAUUAUAACCUUAGCUGGGUUUUGAAAUUAAAAUAUAACCUUUUCUUGUGACCCUUUUUCAAUUUACUGCGUAGAAGAGAUUUCUUUGCGUUGUCAAAAAGUUUUCAUCUCAAACCUCCCUUUUUUUCAACUAGAACAUGCCUUGGGAAAAUCAUCGGGGAAUUUUCAAAGAACUUCUGUUUCUAAUACUGAUCCUAGAAAGAUUUUUGUGGUCUAUUGAACGUUUUUUUUUCUCAGGUUUAAUGGAGCAAUGGUCGUCGGCGACUGUCCAUUGCCUACUCCAGAUUGCAUGGCUUCGAUAAGUGUGAGUUUUUAGGGCAUCACCUUAAAGAAUAAAAUAAUGAAUAUAAGUUUAUUGACAGAUAAAUGACAAUUCUUGAUUCCUUUAUUCCAAAUUCUCCUAGAUUCUCUCACGAGGCCACGCUAAAAUUCUGAGCUUAUAGUUGGUUUGAAUUUGACUGAUUUGGAUUAAAAACCCAGGAAUUUUCUAGGGUUUAAUUGAAAAUAUCCGUUUUGGACAAAAGAUAUUUAAUAGAAAAAUGGCUUUUUCGUUGGAUUAGUGGUGUCCUUUUUGAGUUACCAGCUAAUUUUCAAGAAACUUCCAAUCACAAAAUAGGACCUCUCUUGUCCGGAACUUCUUCCGCGAAUUUCUUUCAUGCACCCUUAGAUGGAUCAAUUCCCAGUUGUCUUAAUUUGAAGCUUUUAAACCUUUUUCUCAAAGGUAUACAUACAAGAUGGCCGUAGCUUCACAACAGACACCGUUCCAUUCACGUUUACCUGCGUCGAUGGUCAAAUUGAGUUCAAUCAACUGUACGUUUUCUUCUUUUGCAUGGGAAUCGAAAUUAUCUAAAUUUUCAGCGUUUCUGUCGGCAUUUUUUGCGUCAUUUUCUGCUGA